AUGUCCGGAGCAGAAGUCGGGCUCGUUCUUGGCAUUGUAUCGUCCGUGAUUACAAUCGUCAAAGAAGCUAAGAAUGUUUACGAUGCUGCCAAGGACACCAGAGGCCUACCGAAGGCUUUCAAACAAGUCAAUGGAAGAUUCCCACUCGCUGUCACUCUUCUGAAGCUCACGGAAGAGAACUUGAGGAGCAAGCAGAGGCUUGAUGAUUCCGUCUAUCGCGAAGUGGAUGAGGCCGUGAAACAAUGCGAAACCCAAGCUAAAAACAUCCGUGAUCUCUUCAAAGAGGUCAUACGAGAGGAGAAUGAUACAUCCUUUGACCGGUACAAGAAGGCUGCCCGAGCUAUAGUCGGCGGCAAAGGGAAGAAAGUCGAGGAACUCAUGGCAGAGAUGUUGAAAAACAUCGAUGCAUUAGUCAAGUUGAAGUUGAUGAGCAACGCGACCGAGGAUCAGCUGAAGGAUCUUCAAGCGGCAAUUCAGGAAAUGGUGGACAUGGAACCAUCCCUUCCUGAUGAGGGAACUGGGGGUGUGAAUCAGCAACACACCGGCAGUGGUCAUAAUGUCGCAACAAGUGGCCAUGCAAGCAGUCAGAUAAACAAUGGUGAUGGAAAUUAUAUCCAAGGACUUCAAGGCGGAGCCACUUUUAACAAUCAUAGUCUCAUCAAGCCCAUCAUCAAUGUUAUCUUGCAAGCAACAAAAUCUUGGCCUGAUUUUAUGCGACAGUAUGGUUCUACUCCUCCAAGCCCAGAUGAGAAGUUGUGCGACGCAAUGGCGUCAAUACCUAGAGAACCCAUCCCAGCUCCUCCCAAUCCUGAUCCGAUCGGGACUCGGAUAGACUCGCGUCGCACUGCUUCGUCGUCUCCAUCUACACCCAUCAUAAAGACGGAAAAUGACCCAUCGGAACAUCCCCUUUCAUCUUGCUCUGUCAAUCUAGAUGGUUACUUAGUGGGCAGUACUAAAUACAGAUUGAAGAAGCUAGAGGACGACUCCGAUGACUUCACCAACAAAGACUGGAACCGCAUCGUCGCUCUCACAGAAUCCUCUGAGUUGGAAUCCUGGGCUUCGUCGAAAACAUCGGCCGUCCUUGUAGCGUACGAUUCCUUAUGGUUCGAGCGCAAUGAGGAUGUGCUUUCUUACCUCAUGGCUAGUAUUGUCACUUAUGAUGAGCCAGCAUCAACGGAUAUCACUAAGCUAUAUCACUUCUGUCAAGCCAAAUACAACGUGUUACAAGUAGCACAAGACCUGCUUAGGCAGCUUUCAAGUGAGACGGCUUCGAAUAACCUGGCUACGACAACUGAACAAGCCGUAAGCCAGCUGGUAUCUCGCCUUCGGCAAUUGCAGUCCACGCACAAAGUCGUGUUGUUCAUUGACGGAUCAAAUGCACGUAGCCUCGAUAUCAGGCAGUUGAUCAUGCCAUUAUAUGACGUCGUUAAAGAUGACAGGGAAAACAAUCGAUUGGGUUUCAAGUUGUUCUUAAUCGUGGCUGAUCGCCAAGGAUGGGAUUUUGGAAUAGAUGAUAUUCUGUGUAACGAGGUACCGGCUGGAGGCGACCGUGAAGCCGAGUGUUCUGAGGCUGAGUUUGGCAUGAAGUGGGCUUUCGAUUAG